UUGAAGAUGAGAAGAUGGGAGGGGAUGUUGCUGAGCUCGCUAAGAUACAGUAUAAAUGAAAACAGUCAUAGCGUGAAAUAAAUAAAAGAACUUAUUUGACAACCUGAGCAGCAAAUUUUCAUCUGGAAGGGAAACACCUGUGUACGGUAAGUAGUUAAGACCUGUUUUACUUCACAAUGAGUCUGUGUUUGUCAAGGCAGAGUUAUUAGACUCUUUGUAACUCCCUGCUGUGGGUUUCAAUUCAUAGUUGAUUAGACUGAUGACAGUAAAAGCUCUUUUUUUAUUACAGUGACGAUAAUCGUGCAUCAAAUAAUGCAGCUAAUUUAACCAUUCAUAUUGUAAUGAGGCUAUAAUGUUACUGGGAGAUUCAAAACCUGUAACCUUCUGUUUGAGAUUAAUGUUCUAUUUAGAGCAUUUAGAGCAAACAUUACAAACACUGAAACAUUGAAACAAACAUAACAGAAAAUUGUUGUAUACAAAAAUGCUCCCAUACAUGUUGUAUCACAAACCAGGAUGAACCAAUGAUUAGUUUGAGAUCAUUUUAACAAUGUAAAUUAAUUUAAGUACAAUAAAAAAAUAUUUACAGACCCAGACCCACAGCAGUAGCAGCACAGAGCUACAGUGCGUGCUAAGGUUAUGGGCCUGUGACCAUUACUGCUGCGUCUAAAGGAACUUGUUUAUGCUAAUAAACAGACGUCUGUACUGGAAUUGUGACGAGGUACUGAUGGGCCAGCUCUCCUCCAAACGGGACAUCCCUCGCAUUCGCUUCUCCGCCAAUGAGGAGGGACAAAACAGAUACUGCUCACAACAUUUUGACACUAACAGCCAACAGCAAGAUGGAAACCUCCAAAUUCCUCCAAUCAUUGUUGUCUCGGAUGCAGAUUCGAGUACGUCGGAGCAUCAGGGCUCGAGGACGGAGCUGCGGCGAUCGUCCAUCUACAGCCCCUUGGACCUGGUGCCACAGCUGGAACAUUACGACGGCACGCAGCCUCACUCAAAGAGCAGGCCGUCCUUGGAGGCUCUGCGCAGGUCAUUUGAGGAAGCAGAGCCAGGUAUUGAGGUUCCCGACUCCACCACAGACUCAAGACUUAGCGUUCUGUCCACCACCGACAGCGGAAAUGAAGAGCCACCAGCUGCAAAGGCGAAAGCUCCCGUCCGGUUUGGCUGGGUGACUGGAGUCAUGAUUCGUUGCAUGCUGAAUAUUUGGGGUGUCAUCUUGUUUCUCCGCCUGUCGUGGAUUAUUUCACAAGCAGGCAUCUGUGAGUCCCACCCUGACACUACGACCAAAGACUUUUAUUCAGUCACCUCUACCUCGUUAAUACCUUCUCCAGUGUCCCAGGUGUUCACAUUUCCUUUCCUCACAGUGUUGACCUGCCUUAUUAUCCUGAUGUCUGUGACGGUCACCUCAGUAACUGCCCUCUCCAUCUCAGCCAUUGCCACCAAUGGGAGGGUUUUCUCAGGUGGAGCCUACUUCAUGAUCUCUCGGUCUCUGGGUCCUGAAAUCGGUGGACCCAUUGGUAUGGUCUUUUCUUUUGCCAACGCUCUGGCUUGUGCACUGAACACAGUCGGCUUUGCUGAGGUAGUCCGUGAUCUAAUGCUGGAGUUUGGUGUUGUCAUGGUGGACAGCAUCAACGACGUGCGCAUUGUGGGUGUGAUCACGGUGACUGUCCUUUUACUCAUUUCACUAGCUGGAAUGGAGUGGGAGUCCAAGACCCAGAUCUUAUUUUUCUUAGUUCUCAUGAUCUCCUUUACCAACUACCUGGUGGGCACGUUUAUCCCUCAUGGACCGGAGAAGCAGGCUCAGGGCAUCUUUGGAUACCGCAGUGAGAUCUUCAUUGCAAACCUGAAACCUGACUGGCGAGGACCUGAGGGCAGCUUCUUCCACAUGUUUGCCAUUUUCUUCCCCUCCGCUAUUGGCAUUCUGUCUGGAGCCAACAUCUCUGGAGACCUUAAAGACCCUGCUACUGCUAUACCCAAAGGAACGCUCAUGGCCAUUUUCUGGACUACAAUCAGUUAUUUAGUGAUUUCUGUAACUAUUGGUUCAUGUGUCGUACGGGACGCCACUGGAAAUGUGACUGAUAUUCUGACUGGCAACCUCACUGAAGCCUGCACGGAUCUGGGGUGUAACCUGGGCUGGAACUUCACAGAGUGCAUCCAGACAAAAUGUGAAUAUGGUCUGGCCAACAAUUUAAAGGUAUUGGGCCAAAGUUCAGGUUUCUACCAUCUCAUCACUGCUGGAGUGUUCGCAGCUAGUUUAUCAUCUGCUCUUGGAUUCCUCGUCUCUGCUCCUAAAGUCUUUCAGUGUCUGUGCAGAGACAAGAUAUACCCAUAUAUUGGAGUCUUUGCAAAGGGUUAUGGGAAAAAUGAUGAACCACUUCGUGCCUAUUUCCUUUGCUAUGUGAUUGCUGUUGCCUUCAUUCUCAUCGGUGAGCUAAACACCAUUGCAGCCUUGAUCUCCAACUUCUUCUUGUGCUCCUACUGUCUGAUCAACUUCAGUUGCUUUCAUGCUUCAAUCACCAACUCCCCUGGUUGGAGGCCUUCAUUUCACUACUACAGUAAGUGGACGGCUUUGUUUGGGGCAGUCAUCUGUGUGGUUCUGAUGUUUCUGCUGUCCUGGAGGUUCGCUCUCGUCACCUUCAGCAUUAUCUUCUUCCUUUUUGGAUAUGUUAACUACAACAAGCCAAAGGUAAACUGGGGGUCAUCAGUUCAGGCAGGAACGUACAACAUGGCUCUGUCAUACACAUGCUCUCUGUCCGGUGUCGAGGAUCAUGUGAAAAAUUUUAGGCCCCAAUGCCUCGUCCUCACUGGGCCCCCAAACCAGCGACCUGCACUGGUGGACUUCGUUGGCUCCUUCACCAAACACGUCAGCCUCAUGAUCUGUGGAGACAUAAUCAUGGAUCAGGAGAGGCAGACUAGGCCACAGGAUGCUACCGACUGGGUGGUGAAGUGGAUGACCAAGAGGAAGGUGCGCUCGUUUUACACGCCCUUCUUUGCAGACAGCCUCAGAGUUGGAGCGCGACACUUGCUUCAGGCUUCUGGUCUUGGCAAACUGAAGCCUAACACACUGGUCCUGGGCUUUAAGUCAAACUGGAGGGAAAGUUCACCAGAAAGCAUUGAGAGCUAUAUCAACACUAUAUAUGAUACCUUUGACUCCAACUACUGUUUAUGUAUCUUGAGGAUGAUGGAUGGAUUGGACAUCUUUGAUCAGUUUGAUUUUGAAGUAAACCAGGGUUUUGAGUCUGAUGAAUCAGUUGAAAAUAAUGACCAACCAUCUCCUGAACGAGUGUCAGCUGACAUCUCUAAUAUAAGCGACAGUGAUGAGAUCAAGACGGUGUUUCAAAAUGACCAGGGGAAGAAGACCAUUGACGUGUACUGGAUAGCUGAUGAUGGAGGCCUGACUCUGCUGGUGCCCUACCUGCUCACCAGGAAGAAGCGCUGGCACAGCUGUAAAGUCAGAGUCUUUAUUGUGGGAGAUGAGCAAAACAUGGAGGAAGGUCGCAACGAGAUGAUCGCUCUGCUGAAGAGGUUCCGUCUGGAUUUUAAUGAUGUUAUUGUCAUGGUGGACAGUGAGAAACGUCCACACUCCAAAAACCUAAACAGGUUUGUGGAAAGUGUUGCCCCCUUUAUGCUGAGUGAUGAAAACCAGGACUGUGCCUCUGCCCCAUGGCAGAUAUCAAACAAGCAGUUUGAAUCCUUCAGACUUAAGACUGAGAGAAAAGUGAGGCUGAAUGAAGUAAUCCGGAGGAAUUCACAACACGCUGCUCUUGUACUUGUGAGCCUUCCUGUGCCUCAGACUGACUGCCCCAGUUCACUGUACAUGGCCUGGUUGGACACACUGACCUGUGGGCUCCACUGCCCUGCAGUCCUCAUCCGAGGGAACCAGCAGAACGUUCUCACCUUCUACUGCCAGUGAAUCUGCUUUCAGGAGCACAGAUGCAUCAUAUACGGGACAGUUUAAAUAAUGCUGGAAAUCCAAGUAAAAACUAUUCACUAAAUGAAGGUGGAGUGUGAAUGUUAGCUGAAUGUUUAGCUGUGUUAACAUGAUUCAUAGUGCAUUUGUGUUACCAUUACCAUUACAGCUUCUCUGCUCAUUUACUGUAAUUAAAACAGCCACAUUUUCUUUGUAUAUACAUGUAUUAGAAUUUGAAUGGUUUUUAUCAAUAAAAGUUAAUAUUUGUGAAUUUAUAUAUAAUGUACUUAAUAAUUUACUGGCAAAAACACCCUUCCUAAGACUACAUAAUCAUCCAUGUUCAUAACUGGAUUUUAUGUCUCGGGUGGAAUUCAGACAGAAGGUUUCAAUCUUUUCUGGACU